GCGAACCCACGCGCCGCUCUAGCCACGCCCUCUCCUCCCUCUUUAGCCAAUAGGCGCGCCCGCAUCCCCCCAUGUGACCUCCCUGCUCUAUCAUUCUUUUUAUCUUAUAUAUUCACAUUUUCUCUGCAAACCACUCAUGUUUUACACCACGGUUACUCUGGAAGCAAAAAUGCAUAAGUAUCUACUGUCAGAACGUGCAAGAGCUGUCAAAUGCAAGUGUCCACAUUGUAAAAUGUAUACCCAGUGAUAAGUAUUGACACUGGACUGGUUAAACGAUUACUGCAAGGCAUCAUUUGUUCAGGGGGUUUCACACCAAGCAGCCUUAUGUUUGCGCUUUCCAAAGUCACACUAUAACUCGCUGAUAUCUUCCUCAUACGGAGAAAAAGUUGCAAUAUUUUAGUGAUAAAGUUGCUAAAUUGCUGAGCCUAAUCAAGCGAUAUCAAAGCAUUUUAACUGACGUGGCACAGCAUCAUCAUGUAGGCGUGUUUUCGUAUUGUCAACAUCCUGGUGACAUAACUAGUUUCUCCAAAAUGGCGACGGCGGAUCAGAUUGAAGGAGGCCAGGAAGACCCAGAGAGUGAAGAUGAGGUUUAUGAGGUUGUGGACCUGACAGAAUAUGCCCGGAGACAUCAGUGGUGGAGUAGGGUGUUUGGGAACAACUCUGGCCCGAUCGCUGAGAAGUAUUCAGUCGCCACCCAGCUCAUGAUGGGAGGGGUGACAGGAUGGUGUGCUGGUUACCUCUUCCAGAGAGUCGGGAAGAUAGCUGCUACUGCUGUUGGUGGAGGGUUCCUCCUUUUACAGAUCGCCAAUCACAGUGGCUACGUGCAGGUGGACUGGAAGAAGGUGGAGAAGGAUGUGAACAAAGCAAAAAAACACCUAAAAAAGAAAGCAAACAAAGCAGUCCCUGAAAUAAACACAUUCAUUGAGGAGGUAAAGGCCACAGACUUUAUAAAGAGGAACAUCGUCUUGUCCAGCGGGUUCGUCGGUGGCUUCUUUCUGGGUUUGGCCUCUUAAAGCUGCUGCACACGUUGCAGCCUCCACUUAACUGUGAAUCGCAUCACUACAUAAGUCACUUUCCUCGCCAUUGUUUACCUCCAUAUUUGCAUUGAUCAAUCUUUUAAUGAACUGAACAAGGGGCGGGGGGGGUUUUAUGUUGAGCAUGAUCUGUUGUGACAGUUGUAUUAACUGUUGUUAUAUUCCCCCUGUUGUUUAUUACACCUGUCGUAGCUAAUUAUCUCCUGUGGGGAGGACUGAAUGCACACUCUUGAAGUGUGAGAGUGUGUGUGUGUGUGUGUAGGGGAUCAAUAGAGAAUUGGGGUGCUCAGAUUGUACUGUGAAGACUCUUCUGUGGGACCCGUCACAGAUCUUAAACCAGACUGCUGAAUAUGUCAAGCUGCCACAAACUAGCACAGAUUCCUUUUUGCUGUUUCAAAGUCUAGAGCGUCCAUCCCCCUCAUGUAUUCGCCUGGUAGAUACUGAUCUCAGAUUGCUAUGAUGUGUAGCCUCCAAUGUAAAGAGCUGUAAAUACACACACACACACACACAAGAGUAAAUAUUAUAUUUAAAAAAAAA